AUAUUUCCAUAUUACAUGAAGUGGGCUCUAUACUUUAUAAAUAUGGCGGAACGCAUAAGGAACUCUGAUUGGGAAAAUGAUGAAGAGAUGAGACAUGAUCUUGAAAAAUAUGUACAGCGAAAUUUAAAACGAAAAGAGAUUCUAGACUUUAUGUCUGCAGAUUAUCCCAUGUAUGCAUGGAGCAUUCGCACUUUAAGUCGCAGGCUUCAACAUUUUAAUAUUAAAUACACAAACUACGACAUUGCAUUGGAAGACGUUAAAACAGCUGUCAAAAAGGAGUUGAACGGUCCUGGCGUUCUUCUAGGUUAUCGGGCAAUUCAGCAAAAGGUAAGAGAGGUGCAUGGACUCAAUGUCUCACGCGACUUAGUUUACGCUGUAAUGGGUGAAGCUGACCCAGAAGGACUGCAAUCACGAGGUGGAAUUGGAAAACCGAAACGACCACGUAGGACAAACGCGUUUGUUAGUCGAGGAUCAAACUCUACAAUGUCCUUAGAUGGGCAUGAUAAGCUUUGUGGCUAUCAGAAAUCUAUGUUUCCUUUGUGCAUCUAUGGUGGACUUGAUGUAUACAGUGGCAGGGUUAACUUUCUGAAAGUGUGGACAACUAACAACAACCCAUUGGUUAUUGGACGAUUCUAUUUUGAAUAUCUGUUUAAGGCUAGGGUUUUGCCACAAACAUUAAGGUUAGACAGAGGGACAGAAACUGAUGUCAUGGCAACAAUUCAUUGCUUCCUACGAGGUGAUUUGCAUAACGCUUUAGAUGCUAUAAUUUAUGGACCUUCCACUCAAAACAAGAUUGAAAGGUGGUGGAGGGAUCUUCUUGAGAGAAUGGAAAGGUUUUUUAAGGAACAACUUAAAUGCUUGGUUGAAAGUGGAGAUUAUGAUUCCAGUGAUCAAAAUGACAGAGACUUACUGGCUUAUGUAUACAUCCCAAUAAUUCAAAAGGAACUAGAUAUUUUUCGUGAGUGUGUUUGGAAUAACCACAGAACACGUAAACAGAGAGGAAAAGAACUGCCAGCAGGAAUUCCAGAACACAUAUUCCAUUUUCCAGAGAAGUAUGGUGGUGAACAAUGUGGAAUUGAUAUUACAGAAGAACAACUGCUUGAGGUUUCUGAGUUAUCAAAUGUUUUGGAAGACAAUGAUGAUUAUUUAAGACCAGCUGUUCGUGAAGAGUGUAAGAAGCAUUUGCCCCAAAUACAUGAAAUUAAUCCCAAUGAUGCUAAGGAAGCUUAUUUAUACUUAAAGAGUCAUGUUGAUGUGAAUAUUUUUUAAGACACAAUAGAAACUCGCUUUAUUAAAAUCGUAUUUUGAAAACUGAACUUAAUCAAGUAAUUUGAACAAAAACAUUAUUACUGUCAAUCAAACUUGAUUUAAAAUGUCAGUCAAAACUUAACUAUAUUAUCUACAUUUCUUUGAGCUUAAGCAUAAGGCAAAAUUUGUUGCAAACAUGCUCUACCUUAAACCUA